UUAGUAUUUGACAUGACCACGUUGAAAAUAAAACUUUUAAAAUUUCUUUAUUUUACAGUUUCCUUUGUAGAAUAAGAAAUUAAAUUAAGUGGUGUGGUGUCAAUUUCAGAAUUGCCAAUCAAAUAUACGUGCCAAAAAUAUUAUCUAGUGAAAUAAAAAAUGUUAAAUUAGUAGGAGAUUAAAUAUACAGUGAGUUUUAUAUAGUAGAGCAAUUUUUAAAUCUUAGUUUAUUUGGAACAAAAUGUCAACGUAAUAAAUAAUGUAGCCACCUAUGAUUUAAUAGUUAAAGUUUAAGUAGUAAGUUUUUAAAGAAGAGACUUCGAGAAUUCUUUACGGGAUGGGAUUUAAAGUGCUAUUGUUCCAAAUUCCUGGGGGAGAUGUCGGGGUAGUGUGGGAAUCUAAAAUACGGAACUUGAUUUUUGUAUCGGCCAUAGUAGAAAAUGGCGAACGCGAAGAAUUUAAUGUGAACGAAUGUGCUUGCAUUUAGUGCGUGUACAGUGUAUUUUAUUAAAAAAUUGAGACUAUUUUAACGUUCAUAGUUGAAUUGAAAUGCCAACAUGCAGAAUGUUUCGCAAGAAUCUUCUACAGAUAAUCCGAAAAUAGAUAAAGUCACUGUUCUCCACGAACUAGGGAACUCAUCGUCUACUCCCCAAUCGACGACAUCCAAUUCAAGUCCAGCUAAAUCAGAAACAGAAACGUAUUCAGAACACCGCAGAUAUAUGUCAGAAACAUCAGAAGAAGAGGAAGAUAGUGUAUCAGAGGUGGAAUCAUUUAUGAUUGAUCAGGAGUUCGAGGACGAUCCCCAGGUAGAGGCGGCCAAAUUUCUCCUCAACCCUGACGAAGACCGAGCCGUAGAUCCCGAAACACAGGCGCGUCUGGAGCAGCUCUUGCAAGCAGCUGGUAUUGGCCAACUUGCGGCAAAAGAUGGUAAACACUUAGGCGACCCCGAAGUUUUACGUCGUCUCACUUCCAGUGUCAGCUGCGCCCUAGACGAAGCCGCGGCAGCUUUGACGCGCAUGCGCUCAGAUAACCCACCGAACCGAUCGAGCAACAAUAGCGGCAACAGCACUUCAACAGCCUCCACCAACGGUGCGAGCAGUCAGACUCAACAACAACAGCAGCAGCAGCAACAACUUCAACAAGCGCAGGCUCCCGAAAAAACUUCCUUGGUGGAAGCCUGUACAGACGGGGAUGUGGGCACUGUGAGGAAACUCCUAACAGAAGGAAGAUCUGUGCACGAAACUUCAGAAGAGGGAGAGAGCUUGCUUUCUUUGGCGUGUAGUGCUGGCUAUUUUGAACUUGCACAGGUACUUUUAGCCAUGCAUGCGAACGUAGAAGAUAGGGGAAUUAAAGGAGAAUGUACACCCUUAAUGGAAGCAGCAUCUGCUGGCCACCUCGACAUUGUGAGACUCCUAGUAGCUCAUGGGGCAGACGUCAAUGCUCAGUCGACAUCAGGCAACACCCCCCUUAUGUAUGGCUGCGCUGGCGGUCACACUGAAGUCGUGAAAUUCCUCCUGGAAAACGGCGCCAACGUCGAAGAUCACAAUGAAAACGGGCAUACGCCCCUCAUGGAAGCAGCGAGCGCGGGUCACGUGGGACUCGCCAAGAUCCUUCUAAGCCACGGAGCUGGCAUCAACACCCACUCGAACGAGUUCAAGGAAUCGGCGUUGACGCUUGCUUGCUAUAAGGGCCACCUGGACAUGGUUAGGUUUCUGCUCGAAGCCGGCGCCGAUCAGGAACACAAGACCGAUGAGAUGCAUACCGCGUUAAUGGAGGCGUCCAUGGACGGACAUGUCGAGGUGGCCAGAUUGCUUUUAGAUUCCGGCGCUCAAGUUAAUAUGCCCACCGACAGUUUUGAAUCGCCCCUUACUUUAGCUGCUUGCGGUGGUCACGUAGAUCUGGCCAUGCUUUUAAUAGAAAGGGGCGCUAAUAUCGAGGAAGUCAAUGAUGAGGGAUAUACGCCUCUCAUGGAAGCGGCGCGGGAAGGGCAUGAAGAGAUGGUACACCUAUUGCUUGGCCAAGCACUAUUCCUAUUUUCAGGUGCAAACAUAAACGCUCAAACCGACGAAACUCAGGAGACCGCCCUCACUUUAGCCUGUUGUGGAGGAUUUACAGAAGUAGCAGACAUCCUCCUGAAGGGAGGUGCUGAUAUCGAACUGGGUGCCUCUACCCCACUUAUGGAAGCUGCCCAAGAGGGUCAUCUGGACCUAGUAAGGUUUCUAUUAGAAAACGGCGCCAACGUACACGCCCAAACACAAACCGGUGAUACAGCAUUGACGUACGCUUGCGAGAACGGCCACACCGACGUCGCUGAUUUGCUAUUGCAAUACGGAGCGGACCUAGAACACGAGUCAGAGGGAGGGCGAACACCUCUAAUGAAGGCGUGUCGGGCGGGACACAUGUGUACCGUACAGUUUCUCAUUUCAAAGGGAGCUAACGUCCGACGCCAAACUACAAACAACGACCACACGCCUCUGUCCCUAGCGUGCGCUGGAGGUCAUCUUCCCGUCGUCGAACUUCUCCUAAGCCACAACGCCGAUCCAAAUCACAAAUUAAAAGACAACUCGACCAUGUUGAUAGAGGCUGCCAAAGGGGGCCACACCAAUGUAGUGCAGCUGCUACUAGAUUAUCCACAUUCAAUGCAACCUAUGAUGCUGAACCAGCACCAGCAGGGCGCCACUGCCGCUACCAAUUUGUCCAUGUUACCUGGGCAAGUGGGUAGUAGGGACUCCCCUUUACCACCUGGGACUAUGGCUCCCAAUUUAGCCAACCAACCUAUUAAUUUCUUCCAAUCGCCUACGGCCGUGUUACAAGAAGUUCCCGACGCGGUGCGUAUAGUCCAACAGGAAGAUGGCACUAAUCCCUCGAUAGACGUGAAUAAACAACAAGUGCAGCAACAACCCAGUAGGAAUACCGAUCAACAAAAAGUCUCGAUCGGCAGGAAAAUUUUACCGAAGAGUCGAUCAACGGGUGCCGUUUUUGAUGGCAACCUUACCUCGGCCGAAGCCCAACAAGUGCGGACCCAACCCCUCGAAUUCGAGGAUGAGGUGUUCAUGGCGAAUGCAGCUGCCGUGGAUUUCCUCAACAAGGAUGAUCCGAACAGUACAUUAAUAGAUUUCAUAAAAAAUAGGAAAAAACAGCAAUUUAACGGGAAUGGAGAGGAGGGUUCGAGUCAGAAGCAACAAAUUCUUGAAGAGUUGCAUCGAGUGGAAAGGGAUCUUCACGGUAAGACUCAGGCUCACAACCACGUGUUCCAGUAUGGAAUCACACAGGAACAGUGUCCUUCAUCAACUAACAAUACACUGCCUCAUAUGUUGAAUAUUGACAUUGCGAUGCAGCAACAGAAGCAGCAAGGGCUGGGUACUGGCAUGCUGUCGGGUACUCUUUUUCCCGGCCAAAAUCUACAAGUCCACAAUGCUUUCUACGCAGGAGGCAAUUCUCAAAUAGCUGUCACGGGCGCCCCAUGUCUUCAAGGAAGUGCCGCUGCCAAGCUUCAGUCCUCCGCAGAUCAAUCGGCGGCAGCGGCUGCAGCUGCUGCCGCAGCCGCUGCUUUCGUUCAACAAAACCAGAAACAGCAGCAGCAACAACAGCAGCAGCAGUCAUACUACUUUUCUUCAAUGCCAUCGAAUUCGUCUGCAUCCGUUGCCGUCAGUUUAGCCACUGCCAGCGCCGCUGCGAGCGGCAGUCCUCAACCGGGGACGGUCGUCACGGCCGUAACAAGUACUAACCAGCCACCGGCCGCUCCAACCGCCCAAGUCAAGUUCCAGAGUGUAACGUCACAUGUGGAAGUUAGUCAGAAUACAGCGAUAAGCGAUCGACCCAAAGCGAAACCAGUCUCGAAAAAGGAAGGUAAGAAUCUGCGGAAGCAACAGCUAGCUCAACAGCAAAACCAACAAAUGCAACUACAGCAGCAGCAGUCCACCUUGCAACAGACAUUACCCCAACAGCAACAAACCGUCAUUCAACAACACCAAACACAAACUCAAGUGCAGACUUUCCAACCCAAUCUCUACGCUCAACAACCAAGUCAGAUCUUCGGUCAACUACAGUUGCAGACUCCGCAACAGCUACAAUUGCAGGCGCAGCAAUUCCAGCAGCCGGACGCCAAGACAAUUGCACAACAGGAGAUUCUGAAUGUUCAAGGUUUGGACUUGGCGUCCUUUAGCGAUGAUGACACGGUGAUAUUGAAGAAUGACAAUCACGAAAAUCUGCUGACUGCCUCUAUUUUGCAACAGUUUCACAAUACGUCUAUACCUGCUUUAAGAGCUACAUUUGUUGGUUCACCCCAAAAGACUCGCCUCGAACUUUACGAUCACACUGAAGAGGGUAACAAAGUUACCAAACUGGAAUUAUCUGAUUCAAAUCUUCCUUCUGUUGAAGAAGUUGUCCAACAACUAGAAUCGUUUAACACGACCGAAGUUAGCGAACAAAGUCUUUCUCAGCACAACCUUCAGGUUCAACCUUAUCCCAGCGCUCUCGACGAAUCUAUGAUAGCAUCUUUAGCGGCGCAACAAGACCUUCCUACCCAGACGGACCUAUCGCGAGUAGAAUAUUUCGCCGUACCAACAAACGGUGCCCAAGUUCCUGUACAUGCCUUGUAUCCUUAUGAACACUACCUCGGCGCAGGGCUACCUAAGGAUCAACUCUUUCAAGCCGGCUUCCAAGCUGGUUAUAGCCUUAUGCAACAACAACUUGCAUGUCCAAAUGCAAGUGGUACUGAAACUUUAACCACCACAAACAUUGUACCAACAUCCGUAGGUCCUGUGCCAGGAACAUCAACUCAACAAUAUAUAACGCCUCAACAACAACAACCUGUCUGCACUCCGGCCCAAUCCCCCUGUAGUCACGUGGGCAGCGCUGCUGUUACUUUACAACAAACUCACCACUGCCAGAUGCCUUGUAGUCAACACCAAACCCUUCAGCAAACCAAUCAAGUGCAGGCAGCCACCCAAACUGCGCAAGCAGCUCAGGCCGGGGCUGCAGGAGAUGCGAAAAAAGUAGUGAAGACCACUGGUGGCGAUGGCAUAAAGUUCAAGAAGGGCAGAGUAUUGAGGCAUCAGAAUCAGGUCCAGAAUUCUGGAACGUUCCCGCCUAGUCAGAAUUACCAGAUAGAUCACAAUUCUGCAAUAACUCAGUAUAGCACCAGCCAGCAACAGUGUCCCAAUAACGUAGUCAUACCACCUUGCAUGGAUGUUGAUUCUGAAACCGAAAGCAACCACGAUACUGCUUUAACAUUAGCGUGCGCCGGAGGUCACGAAGAAUUGGUAGAAUUGCUCAUAAGUCGCGGUGCCGACAUCGAACACCGCGAUAAGAAAGGAUUUACGCCGUUAAUACUUGCUGCAACCGCUGGACAUGAAAAAGUUGUCGAGAUCUUGUUGAAUCACAAUGCAGACAUCGAGGCGCAAUCUGAGAGAACAAAAGACACUCCUCUAAGUUUAGCUUGUUCCGGAGGACGCUAUGAAGUUGUUGAAUUGUUGCUAAACAGGAAUGCUAAUAAGGAGCAUAGAAAUGUGUCCGAUUAUACUCCUCUCAGCUUGGCCGCUUCUGGUGGUUAUGUUAACAUCAUCAAAUUGCUUCUCAGCCAUGGGGCUGAGAUUAAUUCUCGUACCGGAUCCAAAUUGGGCAUUUCUCCUCUUAUGUUAGCCGCUAUGAAUGGUCAUACGGCUGCUGUCAAACUUCUUCUAGAUAUGGGUAGCGAUAUCAACGCGCAAAUAGAAACGAAUAGGAAUACAGCUUUAACGUUGGCCUGUUUUCAAGGAAGGCACGAGGUCGUUAGUCUACUACUUGAUAGGAAGGCGAACGUCGAACAUAGAGCAAAGACUGGACUCACUCCUCUCAUGGAAGCCGCAAGUGGCGGUUACGUAGAUGUGGGUAGAGUCCUUUUAGAUAAAGGAGCUGACGUGAACGCUACUCCAGUGCCCUCAUCGCGUGAUACUGCCCUCACGAUUGCUGCAGACAAAGGACAUGUUCGAUUUGUGGAGCUGCUGUUAUGCCGAGGAGCCCAAGUUGAGGUUAAGAAUAAGAAAGGUAACUCCCCACUGUGGCUGGCCGCUAAUGGAGGACAUCUACCUGUCGUAGAGCUCCUUUACAAUGUCAAGGCUGAUAUAGAUUCUCAAGAUAAUCGUAAAGUAUCAUGCCUGAUGGCUGCUUUUCGAAAGGGUCAUGUAAAAGUUGUGAAAUGGAUGGUACAUCAUGUUACGCAAUUUCCUAGUGAUCAAGAAAUGUUGAGGUAUAAUGCUACUGUGAGUGAUAAGGAGCUUCUAGAGAAAUGUCAAGAGUGUGUGAAGAUUAUACGUGCCGCUAAGGAGACGCAAGCAGCCAAAGCCAAUAAAAACGCGUCUAUUCUAUUAGAAGAACUAGAGUCAGAAAAGACUCGAGAAGAAUCUAAGCGUCUAGCGGCAGCCCGUAGGAGAGAACGCAAAAAGAAGAAGAAAUUAGAAAAGAAAGAGGAGAGGAGAAAGCUCUUAGAAGAAAAUAAAAAGAACGAGAAUUAUGAUGAAAAGGAAGAUCAGAAAGAGAAGAGUAUCGAGGAAGAGAAAACGGAAGAGGAAGAAAAUGUCCCAGAAGUAAAUCCCGCAAUUCGUAACGGCGAUUCGAAUGAUAAGGAAGAAGGUGACAGCGGUAUAGAUGCCAACAGCCAAGGAAGCUGCUCUAGUGCCGAUCUCAAAUCGAAAGAUAAGAGAAAGGAAAAGAAGAAGAAAAAAAUCAGCAACCUGAAAAAUGAGUCUCAUAACCGCUCAAAAGCAAGUUCAAGCAAAACUUCUGAACAAGAAUCGCCUGAAAAGAUCGACAAAAGCCAGGACGGCAAAGCCAAACAGAGCUUAUCUGUCAGAAAAGCCAUCACUUUUAAUCACAUCAAAUCUCCAGCUGAUAGAGACGAUUUUGAAGCUACUGGUAAUGAAGUCUACGUUUCCACUAAGAAGAUAAAAUCGUUUUAUGAAGAACCUCCUAUUCAAUCUACUACGAAGAGUUCAACCAGUCCUAAACAAUCUAGCAAGAGAGAAGAGGGCUGGAAGGAAGUAAUUAGAAAAUCAUCCGUUCAAACCUUAACAGCUACGGAAUCGGGGGUGAAAAAGGUUUCUGUUCCACUAAACGCAAUUUCUAGGGUCAUCGGUAGAGGUGGUAGUAAUAUUAACGCCAUUAGGGGUGCAACAGGAGCUCACAUAGAAGUUGAGAAGCAGAGCAAGGGACAAGGAGAAAGAAUUAUUACCAUUAAGGGAUCACCUGAAGCCACAAAACAAGCUCAUAACCUUAUAGCUACCUUAAUUAAAGAUCCAGAUGUUGACAUUUUGUCCAUGUUGCCUAAGACAAACAAAAUUGCUAACCCUACGACCACACUUUGGGACAAAACUCAAAUAGGCACAAAGAAAAAUGCAGGAAAAAUAGUUGCUGUAAGUUCUAGUUCAACUGUAGUUCACCCACCAAAGGUAACUCAAUCGAUUACCACUUCUGCUGUUUCAACCAGUAGAUUUUCAUUGACAACUGCAGCAAAGCCUCGAAGUACCAUUGCCUAUACUUCCCUAGUACGCACCACAGCUCCAAGACUGGUAGCUCAAGCGGAAAAGAAUGCUGCGGCGCAAACGCAAAACCAGAAUUUGCGGACUGCCAUUUCUCAUCCUUCAUCAAAUGUUAGUAGGCAACCGUUAACCUCUAAGAUUAUAACAUCGUCGGUGAAUCAAACUUUUGCUGCGAAACUGACAGAAACUUCCUCGGCCGGUCAAUUGUUGAUCAACACCAACCACAGUAUGACCACCAGCAAGCCAAGAGUACUAACUGUACCCCAACCUACCGCUGGGCCAGUGUCGCCCCAAUUGCCGCCUUCAAGUUCCAGCAACACUCAGUCAUCACCAAAUAGGAACGUCAGACCUCCACCAACAGCUUCAGCCCCUCCUAACAUGCAACAUUUUCAGAGUCCUGGCAAGAUGACGCCGAUGUUUGGCAACAACGCCCAGAAUAACAACACUGCCCCUAGUAUCGAACCAAUAGCUAAUAGUAUGAGAAGUUCAACGCCCAAUGGAGCUCUACUUCUAAAUAAUUCUGUGGCACCACCCCCAUUGGUUCAACCUGAAGAAACGCCCAACAUCCAAGCGCCCUCUGAAUAUUCUCUGUUUUAUGCCGGAGGUGAUCAUUGGAACAGAAGAGAACAGGAAUCUCAAAAACCUGUUAACUUUGCCGCUGUUACGGGUGGCGGUAAUACCCAGUCAACCAAUCAACACAAAUUUAUCGAUCAGGAACCUCCUCCACAGGUAGACGCCUCCAAAGCACCGGGUUACAGAGGAGCGACUGUUUGCAGUCCCGUCUCCUCGAAGACGAGCAGCAAUAGUACGACUCCUCCUAAUAUUUCUUCUAACAACUCUUUUCAAAAUACCUACCAAGAACAGAAUAAACCCGGUCCUAAUCCAUUAGCACCAAUCGGUAGUAAUGUUACUCACAAUAGACCACCUCCACCUGUGUCGCAAAAUAAUCCCGAUAUUUUCGGAGAGUUGUUCAAACAUGGCGGUAACAACAUUCCAAAUAUGCUUAAUCUAUCAAACGAUGGUCAUUUGUUGCAGUCUAGCUUCAAUGCUAUGCCGAAUUUGAAUUAUUCACAGCCACAACAGCAUCAACAGCAGACAGCUAGCAUGUCCCGCUUAAACCCAAAAGCGCCGGAAUAUUCAAGUUACAACAUGCAACAGAACAAGCCAUCGCCGCACAUGUAUAACGGAUACCAGAACAAUAUGUACAUGCCCAAGCAGCAGCAACAACAGCAGCAGCAACAACAACAGCAGCAGCAACAACAACAACAACAGGGUGUAGACAACUACCAUCGCACGCCUGGUGUGGGGAUGAACUCAGCGGCGCAAAAUCGCAAUUUGUGGAUGCAAAUGCAGCCACCUUUUACACCGCAACAGAGCGAGCAACUCAUUAGCGGUAUAGCGGGAAUGACGUUGCACAGCAUUGCCAAGUUUACUGCUGCCGGUAAUGAGGUUAUGGAGAAUGGCGCUGAGCUCGCUAUUGUGAACAACUCUCCCAACAUGUCGCCGAACAUGCCUCCAGUGACGCACAACUACCACCCCGAUAAUAUGUACGGGAUGGAGGACAGAAAACCACCGCAACCGAUAGGAACCGGAAGAAAGGCAUAUGCUAAUCAAAUAGAAAACUGGAGAUCCAAUGACAAAAGCGAUAAAUGGGCGUUGGGCGGCAACGCUGAAUAUUCUCUAAGAAAUCCACAGAUGUACGCGGACGAUUUGCCACCUAUAGAUUAUUCACGUCAAAUGCCCACAUUGGAUACUACUCACAACUUCAUGAACGGCCCACAAUAUUUUAACCAGCCACCAAUGAAUGCGGUUCGUCAUGAUUUCAUGCAAGACAUCUCAAAGUUGGACCUUUCGUCUUGGGAGAACACUCCAAGACCGAUAUCCGAGCUUCAAGAUAAACAGCACGGAUGGACCAACAAGUGGAAUCAGUAAUAACCAUACACGAAACACAUGAACUAUAAGCGUAUUUUAAUUAAGUCCAAAAAACGUGCGAAAUUUAGCUUCACUCUUUGUGAUUUUUGGAAUACCAAGUUUUUGCAGUAGAGUCUAGAUCUAGUUUUUUUUUCUUUACUUAUUCUUUUUUUUUGUUAUUGGUAUAUUAUAACGAUGGUAUUUGGCCCUUUAUACAGGUCAAAGUCAUUCUGACAAGAAGUGUUUUUAAACAGUCUUCAAUGCAUUCGGUGUAUAUAAGAAGAAUAAUUAACAGAAGACCCAGUUACAUUGUAGUUAUUUGCAUGUUGAUUUUUCUUUUAUAAUCGCUUAUAGUUUGGAUACUAUUUUAUCGAAUUUGUAGCAGGAGGAGUUUUUCAAAAAAAAUAUAUAUGGAUAAAGCUGUGGGGUAGCGACUAAAAGUCUUUCCACCCCUCAGCCGGGAAACAUAGACAUUAAUUAUUAAAAAUUAUACUAAAUAAUAUGUAAAAUGUAGUAGUUGCGCAAAUUAAAAAAAAAUGGUUAUGAGGGAUUGGCGAUUAAGGGACAACUAUAUACUUGUGAUUCUUUGUUCUCUUAUCGAAUAUAUAUUUUCUUUCCUACGUGGUUAAAAGUACGGUGCUUGUAUGCCACUCAUAAAAUGUUGCGCCUGGUACGACAAGCACUACGCUCUGCGAGUGUGAGGGGACUCGAAUUGCUCUGUCCCCUCUCGCCCAAAUGGUAGGACUAUUAAUUAUACGGAAUAUUAUGUAAUAUUUGCUUGUACAUGAAGACUUAAAUAUAUCUUUAUGCACUGUA